AUGCCGGCCACCACGCGAAGUCAAGCAAAGCAGACGCACCUGGAGACUCUCCAGACCACGGGCCCCAACGCGACAUUACCGCCUCACGAUGAACCCUCGACGAGGCGAGUCAAGUCGAACGUCAAGCCCACACGCUCCAAGCCAGCGGCAUCAGAGACAAAAGCAAAGGCAAGCAACCCCCAGUCCUAUUCAACCUCAAGCUCACCGGCGGCGAAAAAGCAGAAGCGGAAGCGGAAGCUAAAACAAGCACGGGAACAAGAACAAAACCCAGACCAAGAACAAAGCCAAAAUCAACCUUCAGGCCACCUGCCCAAAUCCCGCGAUGUCGCUCUGUCCGACCCCGACCGCCCUGCCGAGGCCAAGGUUGCCGACCAAUAUAAACCGAUCAUCAUCAACCGCGCCCCCGUGCUGCAGCUGUGGGCGGCGUGUGUCGCACAGCGGCUGCACCCAGACCUAUCGUGGCCGACAUGCCUCGCAAUCGGCUCGGCCAUUUCGACGUUAUGUGCGAUCUCCAAGGGGCGGGCGAUCGGUACGAUCGAGCCGGCGGACCCGGCGGACGGAGAGGCUAAAAAGCGCAAAGAGGCUCAGAAAGCGCGCGCCCACGACAAGGCCGGUGCGGAUCGCGAGGUUGAGAUCGAGGUCAUGGGGUUCCGGCUCCUGGUUGAUGUUGCGAACGAAACCGUGCUGGUCCAGGGCAAACCGCGGCACGGGAGCGAGGGACCUCUCCAAGCCAAGUUCGGCGGCGACCACGACUACACUCGCGUCAAGGAUGCCAUGGACCAUGCGGUCGCCACGUGGGCCGGUGGUGACGGCGACGAGGAUGCAAAGGAGCUCAACAAGACUGCCUUCCAUAUGUACGAGGCCUUCCGGCCCUCCGUGCAGAGUGGACAGCGCGGCUGGGGACGCAAAGGCGAGUUGAGCAUCGCGAAGAUCAAGGAGGCGGUGGAGCGGGAGCGGGAGUAG